AUGUUUAAAUGGUCCCGAUUGAAUCACAAUACCGCUGAAGAGGAUUUGAAUGGAGUUUCCUCACAACUGUCAAGUCAAAACACAAGUACUCAAGUUGUGUCUAAUACAGAAAUCACAACUCGUGCACACCACAAUGCGAAAGGUCCGAUCGAAAAUCCAUUCACCAAGAGUGGUGUACUUCCGUCGGAAGUGGUCAUCAAUAUUGUUACGUUCAUGGAUUUAAAAACCCUCUUCUACUUUGCUGUCACGGAUCGAUUUAUGUUGAAAUUUCUAUUCCAUCAAUCACCCUCUCAAGUCCAAGAAUACAUCAAGUUGAAGCAACACGUUUCCAGUGAAGAGAUACACUCAUCGAGCGAAAAACAAUUUCCUAAAGUGAUCAAUGCAUAUAAAAAACAAGAGGAGCAAGUAGACUUUGAACUAGUUCAACGGCUAAUUUGGAAAGCAUUGGUUUGUUAUUAUUUUCCACAAUUCGAAAAGACUCUCAACAUAAAGAAUUGGAUGCAAGUGUUGCGUAGAAGAGUGAAUCAUUUAAAACUGUACGCUCCACUAGCUCUUCCAUUACAUCAAAACAUGGAAAAAGAUCCUUUCAAGCUUAGCAAUGCCCUGCAGCUACCCUUGGACGAUACAUCUUUUUUCAUUGAGGGAUGUGAAUUUAAUUACAAAUGUCCCCUUAAAUAUGACCAGUUGCAAUACUCGACAAAUAAUACCAGAUAUUGCACAAAAUGUAACAAGACAGUGUAUGGAACGAAUGAUGUUUCAGAAUUCAAAACUCAUGCUUCACUAGGUCACUGUGUAGCAUUCUCCUUGAAACGCGAAUCUUUUGAGAUUGAUUUCAUGGGAGAUGUUUGCUUCCCAAUGGACGAACAGAACACUUUGUAG